GGGAGAGGUUGUGUCUCUCGCUGCUCUGAGAAGUUCGCUCGGCGCUCUGAGACCGCGUGUUGUGUACUUUCGAGAACUUUUGAAAAUGUUUCCUUUGUGAAGUGCGAGGUGUUUCUUGCGUGAAAUGUUGCUCGGAAAGUGAUACUUGAGGAGUAUAUAAAGAAAUUAUUUGAAGUUUGAGAGUGAAGUGAAACUUUAAAAGUAAUCAGUGACGCUGCAGAAACCACAAGCUUGCAAUCCCUCCGUAAUAUUGCAGGAUAUUGCAAAACUGUGCAACUGAGAUGUCUUUAAAGUUAUUAAGAACGUGAUUGAUAACUCUCUUUUUGACAUUGAUUAAGGGUAAAAUGUUUACAAGAAACAAACAGUGAAAAGAAAAAAAAAGUGAGAAAGGCAAAAGGAAAUCAAGAAGAGGUGCAAAAAGAGAGAAAAGAAGAGGAGAGUGAUAAUAAUAAUAAGAGUGAAAAGAAGAAGAUAAUUUCUCGCGUCUUAGAUGGUGGUUGGGGCGUGACCUGGCAGCCAGAAUGGACCCUCCGGUGCUGCUCCCGCUGGUGCUCCUCGCCCUCGUGCCGCGGGCCGCUUGCCUCCAGACAGGACGCUGCGACGCCGCCCUCGGAAUGGAAUCUGGCGCCAUCCCCGACGAACACAUCUCGGCGUCCUCCUACUUCGACGCCGCCGUCAACGCCAUCUAUGGAAGGGCGCACGUGGAGGCGGGCGGCGGCGCGUGGUGCCCCCGGGACAUGGUGUACAACGAGGGCAAGGAGUUCCUGGAGGUGAACCUGGGCGGCCUGCACGUGGUGGCCAAGGUGGAGGUGCAGGGGCGCUUCGGCAACGGCCAGGGGCGCGAGUUCGCCCGGCAGUACAAGCUGCAGUUCUGGCGGCCCGGACUCGCGCACUGGGUCACCUACACGGACGGACGCGGAAACGAGCUCCUGGAGGGCAACACCAACACGUACCUGGCGCAGUCGUCGCAGCUGACGCCGCCCAUCGUCGCGGCGCGCGUGCGCUUCGUGCCCUACAGCGACCACCCGCGCACCGUCUGCAUGCGCGUCGAGGUGUACGGAUGCCCCUACACAGACGGCCUGCUGUCGUACUCGAUGCCCGACGGCGACCCGCGCGGCGGCGACGGCGCGCUGCGCGACCUGACCUACGACGGCGCGCGCAAGGACGGCUGGCUCUCGGGCGGCCUCGGCCAGCUCACCGACGGCGAGACCGGACACACCAACUUCCGCGUCGACGCCCUCGGGAUAGGAAGAGGCUACGAGUGGAUCGGCUGGAAGAACGACACGCGGCAGACGCGGCCCGUCGAGAUCACGUUCGAGUUCGACUCCGUCAGGAACUUCUCGGCCGUCCACAUCUACACCAACAACUUCUUCACCAAGGACACGCAGGUGUUCUCGCGCGCGCGCGUGCUGUUCAGCGCGGGCGGCGAGCACUUCCCCGCGUCGCGCGCCGUCGAGUACGAGUACGUGGUGGACCGCAUCUUCGAGAACGCGCGCAACGUCACCAUCCGCCUCCACAACGCCGCCGCCAAGUUCGUGAAGCUCGAGCUUUACUUCGCGCUGCGCUGGAUCAUGAUCUCCGAGGUCGCCUUCGACUCGGUUCCCUGCCGGUGCAACAUGACGCCCGAGGAGCCGCCGGCGCCGCCGACCACGCCGCGCGCGGAGGACGAGGGGACGGUGAAGACGCGCGCGCCCGUCGUGCCGGCCCAGAGCACGUCGUCGCUGCUGCUGCUCGUCGGCCUCGUCGUGCUGGGCGCCGUCUUCGUCAUGAUCCCGAUCGCACUCGGCGUCCUCUACUACCGCACGCGGCUGGCGCGGAAGACCAAGAAGAAGUCGCCGCCGGCGUCCGAGAACGGCGUCGACGCCCGGAAGGUAUCUAUGAAGAUGAAGGACCUGCACAUCAACGUGAAUCUGACGCCCAUGACCAACGGCUACUCGCGCGCCAAGGGCAAGCUGUACGGCCAGGUGGCGCUGGACGAGGAGGCGGCGGCCAUGUACCAGGAGCCGUUCAAGGGCCCCGUGCACAACCCCGGCUACCACACGCUCGGCCACUCGGCUUCCGAGACGCCCCUCAAGUGCCCGCUGCCGCUCGACACCGACGACUCCGUGGACUACGCCGUGCCCGACGUCAACAUGACGCCGCCGCCGCCCUUCUCCGAGGUGUACUCGCCGCCGCCGCCCGUGCCGCUCACGCGCCCGCCCUCCACGCUGCCCACCGCACGCUCCACACAGCGAGACGGCGGCGUGGCUCCCCCCAUCCCGCCCAUCCCGCCCCCGCCCAAGCAGGAGUACUACGCCGCCCCUCACAUGUGCCAGUCUUCCGUGAUCCAGGGCGUCACAGGGACCGUGAUCUACGCCGCCGCCGACACGACCAACUUGGCGAAGGAGCGGUCCGUGCCCGAAGUACCCAGAAGCCACAUCCGCGUCUUGGAGACGCUCGGCGAAGGAGUCUUCGGCGUCGUGCAGCUGUGUGAGGUCAAGUGCCCCCCCGGCCUGGGGUCAAGGAAGGUCGCGGUCAAAUGCCUGAAGCCCGGAGCGAGUGAGGAAACGAAGGAGGACUUCCGGCAGGAGUCCAGGAUCCUGAGCCGGAUCGACGACCCGAACAUCGUCCGGUUGCUGGGCAUCGUCAGCAGCUCGGAGCCGUUGUGCAUGCUGCUAGAGUACAUGGACUACGGCGACCUGUACCAGUUCCUGCGCCGGCACGUGGCCGAGGGAAUCGCGGCGCCCACGGCAGCUCGCAACCACAUGGAGCCUCGAGUCCUCAGCUACGGCGCCCUCGUCUACAUCGCCUCCCAGGUCGCCUCGGGCAUGAAGCACCUUGAGAGCUUGAGCUUCGUGCACCGCGACCUGGCGUCGCGCAACUGCCUGGUGGGCGGCGGCCUCUGCGUCAAGAUAUCAGACUUCGGCAUGAGUCGGCCGCUCUAUUCCAGCGACUACUACCACCUGAGCGACUCGCGCACGAUGCUGCCGAUCCGCUGGAUGGCGUGGGAGGCCAUCCUGCAGGGGCGCUUCUCCACCAAGAGCGACGUGUGGGCCUUCGGCGUGACGCUCUGGGAGAUCCUGACGAUGGCGCGGCAACAGCCCUUCGACGAGCUCAGCGACGACGGCGUCCUGGAGAACGUGUCUCACUGUUACCAUGGCGACGGCUCCGGCAUGAUGCUGCUGCCGCAGCCGCCGAUCUGCCCGCGCGAGAUGUACGACAUGAUGGCCGCCUGCUGGAGGCCCAACCCCCGCCAGCGGCCGCCCUUCUGGGAGGUCCUCAUGUUCCUGCAGCGCAAGAACCUCGGAUACACGCUGGACUACGUCGACUGAAGAAAUACAUUAUGAACACAGGGCACUCUAAUUCCCUCGUAAGUACCGACGACCGGCCCGUAGAAAACGCUUCCUCACUCUCUUGGGUAUAUCCAUAGAGGACAGGGCAGAACACCUUCCGGAAUAAGUGUCAACUUCAAAGAAAUCCUAAAGGAAAAGAUAAUGCUCAUGCUUUAGACUUUUAUCGUGGUUUACCCUGCAGCCAAUCUAGUUCAUGGAAAACGGUUGUGCAAGGAUGACCGAGAUCCUCUAGAAGGCCGACCUUAUGUGAAGGAAAAAAACAAGUGUAAUGUAAAAAACGCCGAAACAUGCUACCUAUAUUCUCGUACAUUGAGAUGCAAAUAUGGACACAUAAUCGCGAGAUAGAGUGGUCGCUGCAGCUGGACCUUAAAGGGAAAUGUUACAUAAGCAAGGAGAUGCAAUCAGACGUCAGAAACGUCAUCAGUGACGUAUUUGGGAUGACCUUCAGUGUCGAAGAUUUCCUUUUAGAGGUUGUGUUAGAGGAUUUAAAUAGGGUUGUAAUGUAAUGUAAAUUCUACGCAACAUUCAACCAAAUGGCUGAUGGGUAUUGAGGAGCCAAAUCCUCCAAAUGUAUAUAGUUGUGUAAAAUUCUGUAUAUGUAGUUGAUAUGUACAUAAUUGUGAAAUACGAAUCAAAAAGGCCUUUGUAGUGGACAGCACUGCGUGUGUAGGAAACCCUGCUAGGUGACAAACCCAGUAAAUUCCUUUAUACUGUAAAGAAACGGCGUUCUUGUUUCAAGUUGUAACUUUCCUCCUCAUUUAUGAAAUAUUGUAUGUAUUGUGGAAAUAUAUAGAUACAUAUACUAGUCUCCUUAACAAAUCGCAGAUGAUAUAAGUAAAGGCUUUACCUUCAGUGUGUGGACUCGGAUACAUGAAAGCUGUUCCACCUAGCAACCAUCAGUCUCUCUGACGACAUAAUAUAACGUAACAUAAUAUAACACAAGCGAAGGCGAGCCCUGCCUUGUAUGCCGCCUCCUGUUAUCUUUCGAGACAACGUGACAGUCACGUUUUGUACAUUUGUCUUCAGAAUGCCCCCUUUGUGUUACAAAUCAACGCUUUUUGUGUGACUCUCCUAGAGCGAAAAAGUAAAGCAGUUAACCAAAGUAUAACAAGAAUGACAAGGCACUGUGAGAUAAAGACCGUCAGUCGGUGUUUUAAGAUAUGACAAAAACCUAAGAGAAUGGCAUUUUGUAGGAUGCUUUAAGUGGCAUCCACAAUUCUUCUCUCUGCUGUGCAUUAUUCCACAGGAGAAAAUACACCUGUCACAUAAAUACACGGAAAUAUACACUUUACACACACUCUUGGUAGCCCUGUUACCGUUUCUUGCUCUUCGAAUUAUUGUGAAAAUAUGUAUUGUACAUUAUUAUAUAUUUAUGGUAUAUAUAUAUAAAUAUUACGUGUGAUCUGCCAGAUUCUAUUUAUUUUUCUCUAUGUCUGUACAUAAAUGAUAAGUGGCUGUAGAAUGUGAUAAAACUAACAAAAGAGAGAGAGAGAGCGAAGAGCCCAAUACAACAUAUCAUCUAUGUUUUCCAAGAAAACCUUCUAUUGAUGUAUCUGUAAAUAAAAGACUUUUUUCU